CAACUGAAACAUUACGGAAACUAAUUAGCUAGAUCGCUGUGUAACGGGCAUGGAUCUCAAUGGUGAGAGAGGGAACCUGGCACAGGUUCAGCAUGUGGUGUUAGUACUGUCCGGGAAAGGAGGAGUGGGCAAGAGCACGCUGACCACAGAGCUGGCCCUAGCGCUCCGGCAUGCAGGGAAGAAGGUGGGAAUACUGGACGUGGACCUGUGUGGCCCCAGCAUACCCCGCAUGCUUAGCGUGGGGCGGCCAGAGGUGCACCAGUGUGACGCUGGCUGGGUGCCCGUCUACACAGAUGUCAACAAGAGCCUGGCCCUCAUGUCCAUCGGCUUCCUGCUGGAGAACCCAGAUGAUGCUGUGGUCUGGAGGGGCCCCAAGAAAACAGCCCUGAUUGGUCAGUUUGUGUCAGAUGUGGCAUGGGGUGAACUCGACUUCCUUCUGGUGGACACGCCUCCGGGUACGUCGGAUGAGCACCUGGCUGUAGUGGAGAACCUGCGCAAACACAAGGUGGAUGGAGCCAUCCUGGUUACGACUCCUCAGGCUGUAUCCACGGGCGACGUGAGGCGGGAGAUCACCUUCUGCAGGAAGACGGGCCUGCGCAUCCUGGGGAUUGUGGAGAAUAUGAGUGGCUUUGUGUGUCCUCACUGUUCGGAAUGCAGCAAUAUAUUCUCAAAAGGAGGAGGAGAGGAGCUGGCAAAACUGACUGGAGCACCCUUUUUAGGCUGUGUGCCCCUGGACCCGCAGCUCAGCUCCUGCGUAGAGGAAGGCAGAGACUUCAUUCAAGCAUUCCCAGACAGCGCCACCUUUAGUUCCAUCAGCCACAUUGCACAAGCCGUCCUGACCAGCACAGAGGCAGCCUGAUUGGAGAGAGACAUAUGGCUUACCCUCCCCAGCAAGCA